UUUCCCUCCGCGAGAACGGCGUCUGGCGUCUGGGGUAAGUAAGGAUUACCGAAGGAUAUCGUCCCGCUUUCCAGCGUCUGUCACCAUGACAUCAGAUCGGCCUGUGCGGUACAGUAACACGCAUCACCGUGAACUACGACGCCCCUACAGUAGUAGUGUGAUGCCUGCUCCAAGAGGUGUCGGUAGUUGUCCCGACUGGAUGGGACCAUAUUUCCAGGGUAAUCACCGUAUGACUACUCGGCGGGACCAUAUAUUGUUGAACGACAUUUGAUACCGAACUAGAGGCUAGAGACCAAACGCCUAGGCAUACGAAGUUCAACUCGUUGCUACUCGAUGCCCUCUCUUUUACGGCCCAUCAUCCCAUUUCAUAACAUCGACAUCCGCCAGAUUUCCUCUCGAAUCAUAUCCAAAUCACCUACCUGUCACGAGAUCGGCGUCAACAAGCCUUACUUUGCCAACUUUGAGGUCGUCCAAGGUUUCUUUGAACAACAAGAAGAAGAGGGCGUCCAAAAGACGCCCGCUGAACUGGCCGAUUCGAGCUUUGGGCUGUUGGACAAGUCGCCCGAGAGGUGGGAGAACUUCAAAAAGUCGAUCGCCGACCUGCAAGCGAACGCGCCCGAGGAUGUCAGCUAUAAGGUCUUCUUCUGCGGCCGUCACGGUCAAGGAUGGCAUAACGUCGGUUCCGAUUACUACGGCGACGAUUGGGAAGAGAAUUGGGCCAAGAAGUCAGGCAACGAGAUUAUCACCUGGGGACCUGAUGCCGAGCUCACUCCCAAGGGACGAGAGGAGGCGCUCACGCUUCAAAAGGGCUGGAAGAAGAAUCUCGAUGCUGGCGCGCCCCUUCCUGAGAAAUGGUUACUCUCUCCCAUGACCCGAGCGGCGGAUACCAUGGCUUUGACUUGGGGGGCCAAUCUGCAAGACCAGACUCCCAUCUUCUGUGAGGCUCUCCGUGAGGUCUACGGAAUGCAGACCAAUGAUCAACGGAGGGAUAAGGACUACCUUAUGUCGCGUUUCUAUCAAUGCGACUUUGAGGACGAGUUUUCCCACACCGAUCCCUGGUGGAAACCCGACGAGAGAGAGACAGUGGAGCACAGCCACGACAGGCUUCGAGGCUUCUUCUCCUACGCCUUCCGACUUCAUGAGGAGACCUACAUUUCGAUCACGUCUCACUCGUCCACCUUGCGAGCCAUGCUGGACGUACUCGACCACCCGCACAAGAAAUUCGAGACUGCCGAGGUCAUUCCUCUGGUUGUCAAAGCGGUUCGUAAACAGCAAACCGAGCAGUGAUGGCGCCUGCCU